UCAUUUGUGUUUAAAUACAAGCCCCUCUCUCUCUCCCACCUUUGUAUUCCAAUAACCCAUUUCUCCAAAAAUCUCAUCUUUCUUCCUCCCCAAUUCACCAACCAACCCCAUUUGAUCAUAUUCUUGAAUUUCUUCCUCCCUAAUCAAAAACCCAUUUUCCGAAUUGGAUAAUAAUCAAUGACGAUGAAGAAGAAGGUGUCGUGGAGGUCGUUUCUGCCGCCGAUCUGCGGCGGCGAGAUGCCGGCGAAGGCGACAAAGAAGGUGGCGGCGAAGCAGAAUUCUUUCAAGAGAAUUUCGCAGGUGGAUUUGAGCAAUCCAGGGUCGGUUCUGUCGGAGGACCUGUCCAUAUCCCUCGCCGGCUCCAACAUUCAUAUGUUCACUUUGGGAGAGAUUAAGGUUAUGACACAGAGCUUCUCCACCGGAAGUUUCAUCGGAGAAGGCGGCUUCGGCCCCGUCUACAAAGGAUUCAUCGACGACAAGCUCCGCCCCGGCCUCAAGGCUCAGCCCGUCGCCGUCAAGCUCCUCGACUUGGACGGCUCCCAAGGCCACCGCGAGUGGCUGACGGAGGUGAUUUUUUUGGGACAAUUACGGCAUCCCCAUCUGGUGAAAUUGAUUGGAUAUUGCUGUGAAGAUGAACACAGGGUGUUGGUUUAUGAGUACAUGCCAAGAGGGAGCUUGGAAAACCAACUCUUCAGAAGAUAUUCAGUGUCUCUACCAUGGUCAACAAGAAUGAAAAUUGCUCUAGGAGCAGCCAAGGGACUGGCUUUCCUUCACGAAGCAGAUAAACCAGUAAUUUACAGAGAUUUCAAAGCUUCAAAUAUCUUAUUGGACUCGGAUUAUAAUGCGAAGCUGUCGGAUUUCGGGCUGGCGAAAGACGGGCCCGAUGGAGACGAUACCCAUGUCUCCACGAGAGUCAUGGGAACCGAAGGCUACGCCGCCCCAGAAUAUGUUAUGACUGGUCACUUGACGGCAAUGAGCGACGUGUAUAGCUUUGGAGUGGUUCUACUGGAGCUGCUGACCGGACGGCGGUCGUUGGAGAAGGGGCGGCCGCACCGGGAACAGAAUUUGGUGGAGUGGGCGCGGCCGAUGCUCAACGACAAUCGGAAGCUUUGCCGGAUAAUGGACACGAGGCUCGAGGGGCAGUACUCGGAGAUCGGAGCCAGAAAGGCGGCGGCAUUGGCUUACCAAUGCCUCAGCCACCGCCCCAAGCAGCGGCCGCCGAUGAGCGAAGUGGUCAAAACUCUGGAGCCACUCAAGGACUACCAAGACAUGCCGAUCGGAACCUUCGUGUUCGCCGUGCCGUCGUCGGAGACACCCCCGGCGAACGGCGGAGGACACCACCAUCAGAGACAGAAUCAACCCCGACACCCGAGAUCGCCGAAUUCAUUGACGGAAAAUGCCCCCCGGAGCGGCCACCGGAGAGGAGGCGGCGGCCGGACACCGUAGGCCGGUGGAUUUGGAACACUGUAAAUCGAAAUCUGUAGAUAGAGAAAAGAUUCAUUGGGGGUAUACUUUUGUGAUUUUUCUUUUUCCUUUUCGUUGAUUUGUUUGUUUUUACAUAGAAAAAUUUGUUCUUUUUUUGUUGUGGUAAUUGUAAUUUUAAAUAUUCGAAAUGAAAGUUGAGAUAGAAAAUGACCAAUUCAAAG